GCGCCAUAGUCACGGUAGUCCUGGCGACAAGAACCCAGCAACGAGAAUCAACAACAACAACCUGAACCAUUAAGAGGGAAAAACUCAACGACAAACUAAGAAAAUUCCUUUGGAAACAAGAGUGUGGGGCUUCGACUACUGUCACCAUGGCGACUCCAGCCUAUGUGGAGGACCUCCAGCAGCAGCCCUCUCAAACGCAGGGCGGCAGCGUCAACGUGGCCACAGCCUCACCUGCCACACCACAGUUCCUGUCAGAGGUUCAGGCGUCUCCGGGCUCUACCGCACAAGUGUCUGUGCCCACUCCUCAGACGGUUCAGGCCACACCCAUAAUCUCUUCAAAUGCUACCCAGAAGUCAGCCAUUUUGGCCACCACCACACAAGUUAGCACCUCACAGACACAGUACGUGACGGCAGAGCUUCAGAGCCCGGGCAUUCAGACCAGUAAUGGCCAGAGCACGCCACAGUACAUUGUGGUGACUGUAACUGAGGGCUCCCUUCACUCAAACGACUCGGUGUCAGACUCCAGUCCCCCUCCCUCUGUGGUGCAGACCAGUGUGCCCACCCAGGUAGUGCAGCAGGUGCAGACGGCCCAGUUGCAGGUGCAGGCUAGCGCUCUGCAGCAGAGUGGUGAGCUAGUGACAGGCAGAGAGAGGCACUCAGGCAGAUGGAGCAGAGAGGAAGCAGGGACAGCAAAGAGAGCAUGGACGCCGAGCGGGCAGGCGCAGCAGUGGCUGGCCGCAGCGGCAGGCGACUGGGCUUUCCAUUCGGCCGCUGACCCCUCUCGUUUCCCGCCCUUCGUGCCCGUCCCCGUGUCGCUCUCGUACCCCGUGUCCUUCCCCGUGUCCGGCUCGGUGCUGGCCAUGGAGGGCUGGGAAGCAGAGCGGCCGGUCGCCGUGCAGACUCAGACUCUGCCCCCGGUGCUGCUGUGCGAGAGCGCCACGGCCCUCAGAGUGCAGCAGCAGAUCCAGCAGGGCUCAGUGCCGCAUGUGUACUCCAGUCAGGUGCAGUAUGUGGAGGGCAGAGAGGCCAACUACAGCGGCACCAUACGUUCAGGGAGUUACCCAUACUCAGAGAGCUCUCUGUACUCCCAGAGCACACCCACUGGCUCCUACUAUGAGACGACGCCCUCCACGGGCUCUCAGAUCGUGACCAAUAGCAGCAGUGGGGCGGGCUCUGGCGUCACCGUAGUAACCGCUGGGAGCGCGGGCAGCUCAGGUGGGGCAGGAGCCGAAGGCACCGGAGGAGGAUCAGGAAGUUACGUCAUCCAGGGCGGCUACAUGCUGGGGGGAGGGAGCAACAGCAACCAGGGCUACACGCACACCACCCGCGCCUCCCCAGCCACCGUGGAGUGGCUGCUGGAUAACUACGAGACGGCUGAGGGGGUGAGUCUGCCGCGCUGCACGCUCUACUGCCACUACCUGCUGCACUGCCAGGAGGCCAAGCUAGAGCCCGUCAACGCCGCCUCCUUUGGCAAACUCAUCAGAUCUGUGUUCAUGGGCCUGAGGACACGGCGCCUAGGCACACGAGGGAACUCAAAGUACCACUAUUAUGGGCUGCGGAUCAAGGCUGGCUCCCCUCUGCUCCGCCUGAUAGAAGAUCAGCAGCACCUGGCCAUGCGGCAGCAGCCCUUUACCCACAAACAAAGGAUAAAGCCGGUGCAGAAGGUGGAGGGGAUGACCAAUGGGAUGUCUCUGGGUGGCCAGCAGCAGGGUGGUGGUCUGUCCGACAUCAGUGCCCAGGUGCAGCAGUACCAGCAGUUUCUGGAUGCCACCCGGACGCUCCCAGAGUUCCCCGUCGUUGAGCUGCAGGCCAAAGUGCUGGCCAAUGGGAUCUCUGUGGAGAACAUCGCAGCCUAUCAGCAGCUGUACCGUGAGCACUGCGAGGCCAUCCUGGAUGUGAUGGUGAACCUGCAGUUCCCCCUGGUGGAGACUCUGUGGAAGAGCUUCUGGAGGUUCAACGAGAGCCAGACCAGUGAGCCCAGCGAUGCAGCCAGUGUUAAUGAGGAGUCUGAGAAGCGUCUGCCUAAGUCAGCCCUGGUGCUGCUGUGUAAAUAUGAGCCGGUGCUGAACUGGAGCCGAGACUGUGACAACAUCCUGUACCAGAGUCUGGUGGAGGUGCUAAUCCCCGAUGUGCUGCGGCCCAUCCCCAGUGCCUUAACUCAAGCCAUCCGUAACUUUGGCAAAAGUGUGGAGAGCUGGCUGACCAGUGCCAUGAUGAACAUCCCAGAGGAAAUGGUCCGCAUCAAGGUGACUUGUGUAGGCGCGUUCGCCCAGACGCUGCGCAGGUACACCUCCCUCAACCACCUGGCCCAGGCGGCUCGCGCCGUCCUGCAGAACACCACGCAGAUCAGCCAGAUGCUCUCCGACCUCAACCGGGUGGACUUCGCUAACGUGCAGGAGCAGGCCUCGUGGGUGUGCCGCUGUGAGGACGGCGUGGUGCAGCGGCUGGAGCAGGACUUCAAGCUCACGCUGCAGCAGCAGAACUCACUGGAACAGUGGGCUGCCUGGCUGGACGGCGUGGUCUCCCAGGUCCUAAAGCCCUACCAGUCCAGCCCCGCCUUUCCUAAAGCUGCCAAGCAGUUCCUGCUGAAGUGGUCUUUCUACAGCUCCAUGGUGAUCCGAGACCUCACCCUGCGCAGCGCAGCGAGCUUUGGCUCAUUCCACCUGAUCCGCCUGCUGUACGAUGAGUACAUGUACUAUCUGAUCGAGCACAGGGUGGCCCAGGCCAAGGGAGAGACCCCUAUCGCUGUCAUGGGAGAGUUUUCAACUCUGAGCCGCAGUCUUAGCACACUGGACCCAGAUAAAGAGGAAGAGGAGGAGGAGGAAGAUGAGAGUGAUGAAGAGUGUCAGGAGCUCACUUCUCACCAUGCUGACACGAGUCUGGCUCUUGAGCCGCCUGCCAAACUGGCCCGCACCGAUUCCAGUGUGCUCUGAUAAACACACACACACACUGAGACAAACCGUUGGACACAUUCACCCAGUCAUCCACAACUACCAGGGAUGCCUGGUGAACUCCCAGCCCUGGCAGGUUUGUGUCUCCAUAAGCAGUCAACCUCACUGUGCAUACAAGUGUGCGUGUAAUGGAACGCUUGUUCAUUUGCCUCUAUCAUCUUCGUUCUAUCUGCUCAUCUGCAAUGACCUCUUACUAUGCCUAAUUUUCUCACCCCAAAACAUCCAUACCCUGCCUGCACCUAUGCCUUUUAAAUGUUGUGUGCCAUACUGCC